GCCCUUACCAGUUGACCGAAAUUUUCAACUUGUAGAAGCGAAGAUGGUGUCCUUGGUCGGUCGUUCCGGGUGUUUGUACCCUUACUUGAACGCAACUAAUUUUAUUUUAUCCAGACCUUUGACGGCUUUAGCUCCUGCUGUUGGAGAUGCCUUGGUGAAUCAGAGAAAAUCGAGCAGAAGUCAGUCUACCUCUGGUCUUCUCCAUGGUGAUGUUGAGGUGCGUUUUGCCCACACCGAUAUCAGGAUCCCUGACUUUUCCGACUACCGCCGUACCGAGGUACAUGAUCCUACCAAGUCCUCACAAGAGAGCAGCGAGGCUCGCAGGGCUUUCUCAUACCUGGUCACGGGCUCCGCUGCUGUGGUCGGGGUUUAUGCCGCCAAGACAGCAGUGACUCAGUUUGUCUCGUCCAUGAGCGCCUCUGCAGACGUCCUGGCCUUGUCCAAAAUUGAGAUCAAGCUGAGCGACAUUCCAGAGGGGAAGAACAUGACAUUUAAGUGGAGAGGAAAGCCCCUGUUCGUUCGCCACAGAACCGAGAAGGAGAUCGCAGCCGAGGCAAACGUGGAUCUCUCGGAGCUUCGUGACCCACAGCACGACAAAGAUCGAGUCACCAAACCAUCCUGGGUCAUCGUCAUCGGGGUGUGCACCCAUCUCGGCUGCGUUCCUAUCGCGAACGCCGGGGAAUACGGCGGUUACUACUGCCCGUGUCACGGCUCGCAUUACGACGCCUCCGGGAGGAUCAGGAAGGGACCCGCACCCCUCAACUUAGAGGUGCCGUACUACGAGUUUCCCGAUGAAGACACUGUGAUUGUUGGAUAGAUGUGGGACAUUUCCUAAUUACCUCAUAUUAAUAAUGUGUCUAACCAAACAAAUAAAUAUUUUAAACCA